AUGUCAUGAUCCACUCUCAGGGUUUUAUUGAAGGCAUGCCUGUGUUUGAUAAUGUGAAGCAGCUGGAAAUUCGAAUUCCUCACAGGAGUGGAGCGUCGCUUGAUCAUCAUGUUUAUUUACUAAGUUCAUUCCCUUCAGUACGCGUGCUUAAGAUUAAGUUCCAAAGGAACGAUCUGAGGGAAGUGAAGGAGAAGUGGAAGGCCAAUAUGGAACAUGAGUAUCUAAACCUGAGGGAGCUGGAAGUGUCAGGAUACAGAAGAGACCCUAGUCAAAUGGAGUUGCUUAUCAACAUAUUUGAGAAGGCUCCUAAUCUCAACAGGGUUGUUGUGGAUCCCUUGUCUUCAAUGCAUGUGGAUAGGUCACCUGAUGUCAGGGCUGAGUAUAGAGAAAUGAGGCGUGAGACCACCAAAUGGCUUGCUGAUUCUCUCAAACCACAUCUGUCUCCUUUAACUCAGUUGAUUGUACUCUGAUGGCAGAGGCAGUGACCAAUGGAUUGGAGGCUUCUUUUGAGAUUUUAUGAUGCUAUGCUAGUUUUCUAAAAAACUUCCUUCAGACUUUUUAGUUGCUUGCUCUGGUCAAAACAUUUUGUGAUCAAGAGUGGUUGGUACUUUUAUGCUUCUGUUUGUUUCUGCUGGGAAUCUCAGAGAGACCCUUUGAGACUCUUCAAGCUUAAUUUGAUUGAAUAAUUUGCCUCCA